AUGGCAUUGAGAUCGGGAUAUUCACCCCUUGAAGAUGACGAAGAUGUGUAUGCACGCAAUAGAUACAAAGAAGCUCCCUGGUGCUCCUCCAUUGUGGUGAGACAUGGCAGUGCACACUGUAGGACACCUCGAGGGGAUUAUUACACGAAUGCAUUGGGGACAAGAUGUGAUAUUCACUGUCACAAAGGCUACGAACUGCAUGGCCCUCAGCAGCUAAUUUGUCAGCCAAGCAAACGCUGGUCUGGGAAAGUGCUGUGCAAACACAAGCGGUGCCCAGCCCUGUCCAUGCCAGCCAAUGGGGGCUUCAAGUGUUUGGAUGGUGCCUACUUUGGCUCGAGGUGUGAGUACUACUGUUCACCAGGAUACCAGCUGAAAGGUGACCGUAUCGUAGUGUGCCAGGACAACAAAGCUUGGAGUGCCCCUCCAGCAUCCUGUGUUGAUACUGAACCUCCAAGGAUCCAGUGCCCGAGUGUGAAGGAGAAAGCUGCAGAGCCCAACAAGCUGACUGCCAAAGUGUUCUGGGACACCCCUGAGGGACGGGACACUGCUGACGGGAUUCUGACAGAUGUUAUUUUGAAAGGCCUGCCACCAGGGUCACAUUUUCCAGAAGGUGACCACAGAAUCCAAUAUACUGUGUAUGACAGAGCUGAAAACAAAGGCACCUGCAAAUUUCUUGUUAAAGUCAGAGUCAGGCGCUGUGUGAAAUUAAACGCCCCAGAUAAUGGCUACAUCAAGUGUUCAGGUGAUGGAAAUAACUAUGGUGCUACCUGUGAGUUCUCCUGCAUUGGUGGCUAUGAGCUGCAAGGAAGCCCAGCUAGAGUGUGCCAGUACAACCUGGGUUGGUCAGGAGUGGAGCCAACCUGUGCACCCAUGAAUAUUAAUGUGAAUGUGAGGACUGCAGCUGCACUUCUAGACCAGUUUUAUGAGAAGAGGAGACUGCUAAUUAUUUCAACUCCUACUGCAGCCAAUUUCUUCUACAGGAUGCAGUUGGGAAUGCUGCAGCCAGCUCAGUGUGGUUUGGACAUCCGACACGUUACCGUAGUUGAACUGGUUGGUGUCUUCCCAGCACAGAUAGGAAGGAUAGGUGUAAAGCUGCUGCCCCCAUCACUUGCCCUGCAACUCAGGCUCCUGCUGAGGAUCCCCCACUACAAUUUCAACAUCGUGGUGAUGGACAAGCACGGCAUGGACAAGGAACGCUAUCCCUUCCCAGCAACACCAGCUGAGCUCUUUGCACUUAUUGACAAUUUCCCCCUGAGGAAAGAAGAGAUGAAACUGCAGGCAGAAAUUGGUCAGUCGUGUCCCUGAUUCAGGACUGGAGGGCUUGCGAGUUGCCAGUGAAUUACCUUUUUGGUUUAAUCCACAUCAUGGUCCCCUUGGUGCUCCACAAAGCAUGGCUUUUCUUAAUCACUGAUGUACAGAUUGUUUUGUGUGUGCAUUGUUAAGUCUGCCCAGCUGUGUAGCUGCUGUUUAGAGGUAUGCAUGAUGGGGUUUGUUGUACUUUCAGCCAUCUUCAGAUAAAUACAUACAUAGGAUUGCCACCCAAUGGAAUUUCUUGUACAGAGAGGGAAGAACUGAGGCGUGUUUCUGGGAGUUUGCUUGGGAUUUUUCAUUCAGUGUAAAAUUGGGGUUUCUUUCUUACUGUUUAUGAG